AUGUCGGAAGUUUCUGGUGAAAAUCAACAAGCAUCGACUAAUGCUGGCAGUGAAGCUGCUGAUAAAAAUGUAGUUACUACAACAACAUCAGCAGAACAAAUGGAAGCUCAACCAGCUGUUGAUGCAGGUGAACAAUCUAGCGAUAAACAAACAUCAUCAGUCGAUGCAACUAAGGAAAAUUCAAGUUCGCAACAACAAUCAGGUGAGAAAUCAAAGCCUGAUCUAUCAACAUUACCAACACGGGCUUAUCUUGAUCAAACUGUUGUACCAAUUCUUCUUCAAGCAAUGUCUCAACUUGCUAAAGAACGGCCCGCUAAACCAAUCACUUUUCUAGCUGAAUAUUUACUUAAUCAUAAAGAAAAAUACAAUGAAUAA